CUGCUGCCAGUUUCACUGAAUAUUUAGCUUGCUGCAUUGCGAAAGGCUUUAAAUGGGCUGCUGUCUGAACUGCUCUCGGCGCUCGUCUGUACUCGCUAGCUGCUCUGCUCUUCGAUCGGCUGCUUUGGGCUGCGUGUUUAUGUUUGAAUCGUGUUUGACGGUUGUGGCGGGGGCGGGUCGUUGUGGUCCCGCCGUUGGCGGCUACAGCGGUGGCUUUCUGGUUCACACCAUGGCCAGUUUUAUCAUCGGCCUCAUCGGUGGCUUGGUCCGAGCCCUCGACUUGUUCUACUUCCUGCUGGACCUCAACUUCUGGCUAGUGUCCACGGUGGUGGCGGUGGUCUCGGCCCUGGUGCACCUGAUCCUCUGCAUCCCCGCGGCUGCUGCCUAUGUGCUCAGCCUCUGUUCCAACCUGCUGGGCCUGCUGGCACUGGAGGUAGCCGAGCUGUGCCGCGGUGGCCUGCAGCUCGCCUUCAGCCUGGCGUGCAGUCUGCUGAGGGUGGUAUGUGGCCUGGCCGAGAGCCUGAAGAUGGUGGGGCACCUGAUGUCCUACCUGAGCGUGCGGGGACGUGAGGAGCUGCAGCGGGGCCUCACCACCGCCUUCUGCUCGGGACACCUCUUCCUCAAGCAACUAUGGGAUGCCGUGGGGAUCCUGGCCAGCCUGGCAGCCUACUUGGUCAACACCAUCAUCAACAUGUUCCUCAUUGGGACACAGAACCUUUUGUCGGUAGUUGCAGUGCUGGGCGACCCUCUGGUGAAGGCUACAGAGGCUCUUGCUUCCAUUCUGACCUACCUAUCCAGCAGUGUGGUUGGCAACGUGAUCCUGCUCUGGACCCCUUGCCAGUUUGUGAUUGAAGUGCUCAUCUCUGUCUCCAGCAUCCUGGCGGACGUGUUUCUCUUAAAUCUCUAUGGCCUGGCAAUCACUUUUAUUGUCAUUUCCAGCACGAUGAUCUACGCAAACCCAGAGAUCAUGUUGAGGUUUGUUAAUCAAGUGAGUCUUCAUUUAAAUACUGCUCCAAAUCUUAACCGGGUAAGGAGGGAUAUCCUGCACUUCUGCACACUAGUAGUGACUAACGCACAGUUAAUGGUAAAUUCGGAGACUUGGCGGCGAGUGUACAGUCAACAGCUGCAGAGACUUAACCCAGGCUAUGUGAAUUUCUGGCCACUUGAUCAAAUAAGACGGAUUCAGGUUUUUCAUGAUAGGAACUCAGAGGACCAAACAGCUGUAGUACAGCAACCAGUCAAUAUGCUGGAACAAACAGAAUUAAACCCUGUCCAAGGAGAGAAUAGUACUGAAGAGCAACAAGUGGUUGUGCCUGAGACUUCUGCUUGUGGUCCAGAAACUGGAGAUCACCCUUUGCGACCAAAAGGCACCUGGGACAAUAAUGGCAAUGUCCCUGCGGAGCAUGAACUCUGGAUGCUCUUGAGGGAGCAAGAAGAACGAAAGAAAUGUGUCAUCUGUCAGGACCAAGCAAAAUCUGUGUUGCUACUUCCAUGCAGACACCUGUGUCUCUGUCAAGGCUGCACGGGUAUCCUCUUGCAGCAGCCUGCCUACCAACACAAUUGUCCUCUUUGCCGACAAAUGAUUUUACAAACCGUAGAUGUAUAUUUCUGAUCAACUGUUUGAAAUAGCUUGGACAGGAAAAAGCCAGUGUAGCAGAUUAUUUUUUAAAAAUACAAUAGAUAAAAAUAUUUUGUUUGGGGGGGGGGGUCCAAUGAUAGUUUGGCAAUCUGAGAUUCAAGAUUCUAUGCAGAUCCUUAGCCAUUAGUGUCAAAAUGUAGAUUUUUUUUUCAUCCAUGGCUAAUCCCAAGUACUGCUGUUCAAGAAUGUUACAUUAGUAAUUUACUUCUAUGAGGCAUUGGGAAGCCAAACUCACUGCUUCCUUUAUUUUUUAAAAAAGAAAUAGCCAACUUUUCAAUAGGUUGGUUUUUAUGUCAGAUUGUUAAGUUAUAGUGAACUGCACAGGGCAGAGCCCAAUAAUCCUACAUUUCUGAGUUUCCUGUAGGGUCCAUCUAUGUAUAAUUUUCUUAUGUUUUUUCAAAAACUGUGAAUUGAGAAAAUGGACACUUAUUUGUUUGCUGUUGUAAUUAAAACUCCUCAUCAAAGACGGAAUGGGGUUGCUGCAGAUAUAUAUUUGAGGCACUGGGUAUGGAUCUGCUCCAUUUCAGAUCCUUUUUUUUUCUUCAAACAAGUUUUGUCUUGGAAUGAGAACUUGAGAUGGAAUUGGAGAUCUUGAUGGUGAAAUGUAUCAUGCAUUAAAUGAUAAAAACAUUGGUUAAACGAAUAACAAUCUUCAAGUACCAAAUGUUUAUCACUGCAGAAAAUGGCUGAAUAAUGCAUGCUUUCUGUUGCACAGUAUGACCUUUCAAAGUAACAUUCUUCAUCUGCAGUAAUAUAAGUGGCAACAGUCAUGGUUUCUAACAGCACAAGUGUCUAUUCCAGGAAGAAUAGCUAAAGUAAUUGUUUUCUCGUCUGGCGAAUGGGAAGCCAGACAAGACAUGAUUAAUGCUCCAGCAACUACGUUUUGAGAUCUUUGAUGGCAAAUGAUGUUUGGGAUGUUCUUGGUUGUGCUAGGGACCCAAAUUUUGCACUAGUUGAGAUUGGAAACACUUGGUAUGGAUUUACUCGAUCAAAUACCACGCGUUGGGUUUGCUUUCUGCAGAUUAUGGAAUUUAAAGAGAUGAAUGAAACUUUUUGGGGAUAACAGGUAUUAGUAGGAAGGGAAGAUUAGUCUUUUUAAUGUGAAUUGUUUGGUGAUAACAAGUACUUGGAUUGUCUUAAACACAUUGCAGAAGUAUUGGGCAUUUCAUCUUUGAUAUGCUGUUUCAUUCUCCAACUAUAUAUAUAUAUAUAAUGUAGAUGGAGCUUUUGAACUUUGAGUUCAAACCCCACCCCAAAUUUGGGCACAAAAAGACCCAGCUUUGGGGUUAUCGGGCAAAAUCUGAGGAAAAAAAAUAAUGCUUGAGUUAAUCAUCUUUCAUUGGAGCUGGGGGGGGGGAAUGAAUAAGGUGAAUUAAAGGGAAGAAAGAACACAUUUAAAAUCUGAUAGUGGAAGGUGAGACAAAUUAAAUUAUAUAAAGAUGGUGGUGUGUUGCUUUGUGUCAAUCUUUAAAACUAGCAGAAAGGGUUGAUGGCCACCAAAAAGCCCAGUAAGUUUUAACUCCCCUAUUUCCUUACAAUGAAAGACAUUUUCGUCCAUUGAGUCUUUGCCAGCCUUCUGAGCAAUUGUACUUCCCUUCCAUAAUUUUCUCUGUAACCUAUUUUCUGCACCUUCCCAUCAGGUCCUAUGUUUCUACCACUCACCUGUGUACUUGGGGUAACAUAUUCUGCAAUUAACCUACCAGCUGUACAUCAUAGCCAUGCACUGACAGGGAGAACAUGCAGACCCACAUGAAUGGCAUCAGAGGUCUGGGUUGUAGGAACUAUGAAGCAGCAGCAGUACCAGCUUUAUUAUUGUGCUGCCCUUUAUUUCCCUUGGCCACAAGAGUAGACUUCAGCCCAGAUGUCCUAUUGAUAUUUUUUUUUGUACAAAUGUGAAGAAAUAUAUUUCCCACUACCCCUGCCCCCCACUUUCACUAAAGUGUAAGGAUUUCACUUACAGCCAUAGAGCUUUGAGAAUUUUCUUCUAGUCCUUUCUUGUUGAAUUAUUUCUGCCCCCAUUCACAAGCCAAGAUGUGAAUCUUGUCAGGAGUCCAACAAUGUUAAUUAAUUGAGUAUAACCUGGAGAUGCUCAAAGCAGCACACCCAGCUACUCUCUUACUGAGCUGUUCCUACCCCCGCACCCCCCUAUUAAAACAGGCACCAUGGAAUUAAGCCCCUACUCUGUAAUCUGUUCAUGUUUACAAUGAAUUUAGACCAUUUUGACAAGCAGAAUCUUAAUUAUUGCAGGUUUUUGGUUUCUAUGUUAUUUUCCUGGGACCUUGGAAUGUAGUUGCUAAUAGCAGUAAAGAUUAGCUAAAAUUCUUUAAGGUUCGUGUAACCAACUCAUAUUUUUUGACUUGUGUCUAGGACUUAGGCUUUUUUAUUUUUCCCGUGGUUUUCCCAAUAAAGAUGUUGAGGCAGGAAAUAAGUCAUGCUAAUUGGGGGCUUUUGAUAAUGAGGUACAGCAUUGCAAUUAGCUUCAAUGGUGAUUAUGGGAACAUAUGGUAACCCUCCCCCUCCCAUAUUUGAUAGCAUCCAGUAGUUCUUUCUGAUAUUUCUUCCAAAUAUUUGUUGGAUAUUUGUGAACAUUGGGUGAAGAAGUAUUGAAUGGGUCUGGACUUGAAGGUUUCCUUUCCCCCUUUGUGGGUUGAGUGACUUUAUAAAUUUAUAUUUGUCAAGCGAGCCAUUGGGUAUAGAGUACACUAUAUACUGCAGUUAGUGAUAGCUUGCUGUUUACUUCAAAAAUACAAAAUGAGUUAACAGUAAUGUUCAUUUGGUCAAAGAUCUUCAAAGCAGCAACAGGGGUGCAAGAACCAUUCUGAUAUUCCUUUAAUUUAGUUGCUGAAUAGGUUGGUUAAAACUUGACAUGAUGGUUACCAAGACACAUAAUGCAAUCAGUAGAAAAUCAAUUGGUGCAUGGAAGCUGAAUUUUUUUUAUAUAUAAAUAGUGUUGCUCAUUUUUAAAAAAAUUUGUGUUGUCUUUAAUGAGUAUUGUUUGUAUGAUCUGUAAAACGGACAGCUGCUGUUAAGAUCAGCUUCACUGGCUGCACUAUGUUUAAUUCAGUGAGCUGAAUAUGUAAUUGUUUAAAAUAAAUCUAUUUUUUAUUAUUAGAGUC